CACGUCGAUAUAAUGAAACAUGAGCAGCGUAUACAGAUGUUAUCUUAUUCAGCAACUGUGGCGUUCACUAGUAUCAGAUUAAAUCAUGCCACAUGGUAAUAUAUGGAUUGCGAAACAAUAGAAGGAUGUGUGUGUGUGUGUGUCGAUAACGUUCGAUUUAAUGUAUUUCGCGUCUAUGGUAGUUCGCUGUCAAAAGAUUAAGCAUUUGGAAUAAUUUUCGUCGGGAUCUUACAUGUGUGGAUCGGUUUACCGAUUGUUUUUACUCAGUCAGUUAUAGUCAUGUAAUUGCCAUAUUGACUUAUCUACUAAAAUGUUCAUGAAAGUUACGCUAUUUUUUGCGAUUACAGAUCAUUUAAAUUCACCAAUAUACGCACACGCUUACGCACACGCACGCGCACGGAAAUGUGUUCGAAACCUACCAACCGGGAACCACCAUUUCAAAACAUUGUAGACAUCUUUAAGAGAUAAAACACUGACAAGUUUAGCACCAAAAUCACAACUUGCAUAUGAACAUUAUUGGUAAGAUAUUAAGUCGACAAAAUAUAUGCUAACCGGGUAAUACCGUGCGUACCAACGGUGGAUCGGCAAUGUGUGCCUACCGGGCCAUAGUGUAUACCAACUGGGGUAAUAAAGGGCCAACCAACUGAGAAACUGCAAUUGAUUCCGACGAGAAAUAUCGUAUACCAACAGGGGUAAUUAAGUACAAACAUAAAUUAACUGGGCACCACUGUGAAACUGCAAUGGGUAUCAACUGUGGAAUGAUGUUAACAUUUGCGCCAAUAAUCCCUUGACACAGAAUUUCAAACGGAAAUGACAACAUCAGCUUACGGUCUGUGUAUAUUGGACCAAGCAACAGCGAUAUGCCACAAGAGUCACGCAUCCGCUCGCGUAAAGAGCAGAGACCAGCAGAUGAUUUCAUUGUGUUUUGUAGUGGGCAACCCACUUUAUAUCAAUAAAAUACUACGUCAUAAGUUUGUAAGCGGAAACUUCAUUAACGUCAGAAGAUAUGAAGAUCAUGAGAAAAAUGUCAGGGAACGUUAAUGUACUUGCUAGAAAAAUAGACGAUCCAGAUGUCGCCAGUGUUGUCACGUCAUAUGACAAUCUUUUAACUAAAGACCCAUAGAUAGCAGGACAUUCUAAGUUAUUUUGAAAUAUUGUUGCGGGUUUUAUAAUUUGUUACACGUUGUUGACACUACUAGACAUAUUCUAAGAUUUGGGCGACUGUUUUAGAAAAUAUGAAAGCAAACUAUUGAUGAUGUCGUCGACAACCACUAAUACUGUAGCAGGGCAUUCAGAAUGUUUUAAAGAAACGGAACUGGAAAACUGCGUUGUAUGCGCCAUCAAAUUGGAUUCACAACUUAACGCCAAAAUUCAUAAUAAAAAUGCGCCACUAGAAAGAAGAAGAUCCGCAUUAAACGUGUUUCUUACCAUCGCCCAAUUAAAAACAAAUAGUAAUUGUAGUGAGAUGAGAGUAUAUUGUCGUCACAGGACUAUUUACCUUAUUAAGAACGGAAUGUUGGAGUGGCAGGACCACUGGUUCAAGGAUGUCAAACGACUUCCAGCAACAUUCAUGGGAUACAUAGGCACAUCAGGCGAUUUGAAGAUCUGCGGAAAAUCUCGCGACAACUCUCAAGACAUACAAUUUGCGUUCGCUACAUUGGAUUCUUUCCUUAAACAUGAAAAUGUAUUUUAUAUCAAUUAUAAUGAUUUAAAGAAAUCCACUUCAGUAUCUGAUUGCAAAGGUAAAGCGUUUCUAGAAUAUUCAGACAUCAUUUCAGUGUGUGAUUGCAAAGGCAAAGCGUUUCUAGAAUAUUCAGACAUCAUUUCAGUGUGUGAUUGCAAAGGCAAAGCGUUUCUAGAAUAUCAAGACAAAAUGCAUUUUGAUUGUUUUAAGACGCAUGCUGGAUCUAAACUGAACGUCUGUCCAACAGACCCACCUGUACAUAAUGUGCCUGCUCAAGAAUCCGAGGAUUCCGAACAAGAAUCACAUUCAGUUCAGGCGGAAGACGAUGCCGAUGCUUUUAGUUCGAUAGCUCCAUCAUCUAGCAUAAGAGAUUUUCCAAAUGUGCACAGUAAUUAUUCUUCUUCCAAUCACAGUCAUUUAACGUUUCGUUCGCAAAGCCAUAAUAAUUUGAGAGUUAGCAAUCAUACUAGUGACGGAAAUCAACGAUUUGACAGUCGAGAGUUCAACAGACAGCCAGUAGGAAAUGCCGCUGUUGUUUCAAAUGACUCACUUAUACUAAAUUGUCAGAAUCAACACUACGAUGUACCGCAUCAUAACGAUUAUUCUCGACAUGAAAACAGAAUACUACAGAACCCAGAGGCCAUUUACCCGACAGCAAAGUAUCCCAACUUAAGACAUGAAGAAGACAGACGACAAUCGUUCUCUACUUGGCCAAGGGCGUUGCCGUCAGCUCACGACUUUGUUUCGCGUGGAUUUUUCUAUACAGGGAACGGUGACCUCGUAAGAUGUUUCUGCUGUGGGAUUGGACUGAAGGACUUCUCGGACACGGAUAAUCCGCUCAUGGAACAUGUCAAACACUCGAGAAACUGUCCUUUCCUCUUGGAAUAUUUUGGUAGCCGAGAAGAAGUACAGCAAUACGCACAAAGUAUUUCAACCCAAGAACCCGAGGAGAUCCGGCGUCAACAGAGGCAGCGAUAUAACAGUAUACAAGGUCUUAACGUCAAUGGAUAUAGAGCAAGACACGAGCGGCUCCGGUCUCUUCAAGCUCGUUUAGACACGUUCACCAACUGGCCAUCACACUUGGCUCAAAGACCCUAUCAACUUGCCGCAGCUGGACUGUAUUACACCGGAGUUGACGACCACUGCCGCUGCUUCGCGUGUGACGGUGGUUUGAGGAAAUGGGAGCCUGGAGAUGAUCCCUGGAUAGAACACUGCAGAUGGUUUCCGGCUUGUCCACAUGCGAUUGAAACCAAAGGGCGCGAUUUUAUUGACCUUAUACAACUUUCAGCGGAUCAGGCUGCCGACGAAAACGCAUCCGCUCCACAGGAAGAAAUGACAACCUCCAUGGCUCGAAUGUCAAUAGAGGAAACUCUUGUACAGAGAAUAGCUGAUCGAUAUGACAGUAUGCUGAAUGGAAGCAUGGGAUUUUCUAAAGAAGAAAUCAAAAACGCUGUACUAGAACUCGUUCAGCAAGGCAAUAAAGCUCCCAACGUAGAAGACAUCGUCACACAAAUUGAAAUAAUUACGGAGAGAAACACACUCCUGCAUGAGGUCCGUACGUCCAAUAAUGUCGAACAAACCGAAGAUGGGCUACUGGUAGAAAACACCCGCCUUAAAAGAAUUCUGAUGUGCUGCCUUUGCAGAAAGAAUCAAGUGAACAUUCUGUUCCUACCAUGCACCCAUCAUAAAGUUUGUCUUGAAUGCUCGAGAGAUAUUCAAACAUGUCCAAUGUGCAAGCGGACCAUCAAAGACAAGAUUCGUACUUACAUGUUGUAAGACGCAAACAGUUGGAAUAUAGACAAAUUAAUAGAUGAUCAUUUUAUUAGCAUUGGCAUCAAUUGUCACAUUUGUGAGUGAUAAAAAGUCGUUGGCAACACGUGUUGAAUAGUGUGAUGAUACUUGAUAUUUACCUGUUAAACUCCCAAUGCAUUUCCAAGACAGACUCUUGGGCAAUUGCUCGCUUUCCAUAAAUGAAGAAGAUCGGAAUAUAAUAAGAUUACUAUUCUUCUGGUUCUUCAUUUUCCCCAUAUUUAACUCAGGAGAAAAAAACCUCAGUACUGGAUUGUGCGACAUCUAUGCUAGUUUAAGAGAUCGGCAUUAACGAGACAGAUCAACAUGAUCGUGGUCCCUGGAUCGGUUCUUAAUCCGUAUCGAUUUGUUCACAAAGUGAUUGCACUCCCGGAAUUAAAUACCAAAGUUGAUAAAACUAAACGAAACUCAUUACUACGAAAAACUCUUACUAAAACAUAUUGAUUAUUCGGACUUAAUUCCUCUGUUAUUGGGUCGCUACAGGUAAGUUGAUGUAGUCAAGUAGUCUUCUUAUCAGUCAGUUAUGUUGCUUUGUUUGAUGCGCAUUCAACACCUUAUUAAUAAUCAUAUUCAAACGUCUACUUGUUAUUUCUACAAUAGUGGAAAGCGUAUUCGUAAUAAUGUGAGCAGUGUCAUAUAAACACAAUACAUGUCAGGUUUUAAGGAGUCUAUGAACAACACAUACAUCUGCUGGAUUCGAAAAAUACCUUAAUGUGUUGGUUAUAUUUUCCUACAGUUCGCAAGGAAUACGCAUGCAACGCUCUUGAGCUACACGUGUGUUAAUGCUUUGCCAAUACCAAAAUGAUACAUUUGUAAACAAAAAUAUUCGACUAAACGCCGAAUGUAUAUAUCUUUUGUGCUUAAAUUGGCUUUGCAUUAGCCGUAUAUAUCGUAUAAGGUAAUCGUAGAAUCGAUUUCUUAGAAAUGGAUAGUGAUAAGGUUAUUGUGUAAAGUGUGGCGUAAUGAUAAUGUGUGCAUAAUUGUUAUAAUUCAUACGCGUUUGGUAAUUAUUUAUUACUGUUAUCCACACAAGAAGGAAACAAACAUAAACUCAUCCGUAAAGGGAGUUUUCCUGUGCCGUCCAAUGAACAGGCUGCACAUAAGUAUUUCUCAGAGAAUCAUACCACGCUGUGUUAUGUUGAUUAGGAAACUGGAAUGUUUAUCGGAGUGUAGGGGUGUGAUACUCAACGCGUCCGUUGAUAAAAAUAGAGCUGUCAAACGUUUGUAAUGAUUACAGAUCAACGCAUAUAGACAAUAUGACAAUCAUCGUUCAAACUGGAACAGCCGCGUAUCAUCGCCAACAUAUGUUUGCAAUUAACUGCCCUUCACGGUAAUCGUUGUGCUGACCAAAGUAGAAAUUCUGAGCUGUAGAACGUGGUUUGAGCAAAGGAACUAUGCUUCGCUGUGCGAAAAUGACACGAACGCAGAACUGUUUAUUAGAAAGAUGAUUGCAAACAUCAGACUUACACGCCCUGACGCUUCAAUCAACGUUUUAAACUACAGAGAAAGUUUGUGUAAACUUUUUGCAAUCAACUUAUUGUAGUAAAUACACAAAUAAAUAAUGCAUAUUGGAAUCUUGACAGAAGAGCAUACAUAUGCAAGUGUAUAAUAUUAAUGUAUGUGAAGACAUUUACCAACUGGAGUACUAAUCAUGAACUAAUUGAAACAUAUUUGAACGAUUAAUGUGAGCGAUAUAUGUACAUUAUUCGUGAAUAAACAAUAACGCAGUGAAUAACUUUUUUCUAGAAUUCGAUAUCGUUUAAAAUAACGUGUAGAAUAGGUGACGUAUUGAAACAAAGCUUAAAAGUAGGAUGUAUGGCUUAAUAAUCGAUCGAAAGUAAAUUACAACUUGAUUUGUAAAGUAUGAUUUUGCAAUAUAGAUGAUGUAUGUAUUGUCAGUAUUAACUAUUUUAGGCUUUAGUUAACUAAUGCAUAUCGGCUUCUGAUGUACUCUGCCAUUUUUAAAACAUCACAUUAUGAUCAUGAACUUUAACAUACGGACUGUUUUAUAAAAACAUGUUUAGUGGUUCUGUGAUAAUGAGUGCAAUUAUCUUUAUUUUAGCAAUAAACAUAUAAAAGGUA